GAGCGUCACCUGUUGUCGCACUCGAAAAGCUGGGAAGGUGUUCUUCGGGCACGCUCCUGUUACAUGUCCACGUGAUCCGUCGGCAAUACAUGUGCUGGACGAUGUCAUCAUGUCACGCUUAACAAUUUCCAUGAGAAGACGGUAGUCAAGGUCGAGUUGAAGUGGACCACGUUGUGUCGAGUUUUGCAGCAUCCUAACGGGUAACAAGAUGGAAGACAUGCUCUGGGUGGUGGUCUUGGCCUUCAUCUUGGCCUUUUUUCUGGCCUUCGGCGUAGGAGCCAACGAUGUGGCCAAUUCCUUCGGAACCUCCGUCGGUGCUAAAGUGCUUACUCUGCGCCAGGCCUGCAUUCUGGCUACCAUCUUUGAGAUCCUCGGUGCUGUACUCAUUGGAUACAAGGUGUCUGAUACAGUGCGGAAAGGAAUCCUCGACAUUGAGAUGUACAAUGAUGCCCCGAGAGACCUGAUGAUGGGGAACCUUGCUGCGCUCGCCGGCAGUGCAACGUGGAAUAUCCUGGCCACUGCAUUUCGUCUUCCAGUCUCUGGUACGCACAGUAUUGUGGGGGCCGUCGUAGGAUUUUCGUUGGUUGCUCGAGGAUUCCAAGGGAUUCACUGGUGGGAGAUGGGAAAGAUUGUCCUCUCCUGGUUCAUCUCUCCUCUCCUCUCCGGUUUUAUCUCUGUCCUGCUCUACGUCCUCAUUCAAUGGCUUGUCCUUAGAAAGGAGAAGCCCUUGGAGCCAGGACUUCGUUCUCUGCCAUUUUUCUAUGGGUUCACGCUGUUUGUGAACGUGUUCUCCGUUGUACACGAUGGACCUCGCCUCUUACGGUUUAACAUGAUUCCGUGGUGGGGUGCAGUCAUAAUAGCACUCGUCGUGGCCAUCGUCUCUGCUGCCGUCGUCUGGUUCGUCGUUGUGCCUCGUCUGAGGAAGGUCAUAGAGAAAGCCCUUUAUGGAUCUGUGGAAAAGGCGGAUACUAACUUGGCUGAACUGUCUGCACAGCACAAGGGUGAAAAGACUUUUGCGUUUGCUCCAUGCGAGCACAUCUGUGAUGCUUCCGUCCACACUAUAAGCCAGCCCAAUGGGAACAGUCCACCGGUCAUGAUGUCCCCAGCGGGAAGGCCAAAUGCAGCUGACGAACAUGGACACCCCCGUGACAAGAGGCUUUCUUUGAUUAUGUUAGAAGAGGCUGCUUUGACUGGAGAGCCACGUAAGGAGAUACACGAGGAUGACAAACCAGAGACGGCCAAGCUUUUCUCAUUCCUGCAGGUGUUAACGGCUGUGUUUGGCUCAUUCGCUCACGGGGGCAACGAUGUCAGCAAUGCUAUCGGGCCCCUGAUAGCGGUGUGGAUGAUCUACGUGGAUGGGAAUGUGCAUCAGUCGUCGGAGACUCCAAUCUACAUCCUCCUCUACGGUGGAGUGGGCAUCAGUCUGGGCCUCUGGAUCUGGGGUCGGCGAGUCAUCCAGACAGUGGGUGAAGAUCUCACCAAGGUCACACCAUCAAAUGGCUUCACCAUUGAGAUUGGGGCUGCGUCCACGGUGCUGCUUGCUUCCAAAGUGGGGAUUCCAAUCAGUACGACGCAUUGCAAGGUGGGCUCCAUAGUGUUUGUGGGGUGGGUGCGGUCGCGGAAGGGCGUCGAUUGGAGUCUCUUCCGCAACAUCAUUCUCGCCUGGCUCCUGACACUGCCUGUCACCGGAGGACUCUCAGCUGCACUUACAGCAAUCUUGUACUCUGCACACGGUCUCUAACCAAGUGCCAAAUGACUCUCCAAGUGCCAAGUGCCUUUAUCUGCACACUGGUGUGACAACUUUGGUGCACAAUUUUUCUUGGCAACUUUUUCAAGAUCCCUCGCCUGGAUGGCAGCGAGUCAAGUAAUUUAAGCCGAGGAUGGAUUCCCGAAGCGAGGAAAAAUCCAUCGUGUGAAUGUUGAUAUUGCGAUACUACGUACAACAAUUUUACCGACUGCUCUUCAAAAUCAUUCGCAAACGUGUCGGAGAUUUUUUAAACUCCAGUUUAUAAGGGUUUUGCCGAAAUACAAUUGUAAUUACCGUUAUUGUAUAUAAUGAUAGAGCACGCAAAAACAAGCUUGAGUGCACAACAGGACUGUAUCUUGAGUAAUUAAGUAAAGUAUCUGAGUGAUAACAAAAAAACAAAUGGCCACUCAUACGAGGUUGGAAGGUGAAGCUUGCGCUUGGGCAAACACACAAGACCUGAGAACUCGUCUUGAUCUUGGAUGGAUUUCGUUCAUCAGCUUGCCUGAAUCUACGCCAUCCCACUUGAUGAUCAUGAUGCUUACUGUGUGUCCCAAUAAGAAUUGUAUAGCUAGAUAGAUUGGAUUGUAUCCAUGCUGUUUCUACUUUGUUCCUGGAAGUUGUGCCGUGAGUUUUUAUGGGCACUCCAGUGUAGCCAAUUACAAUGUAUAAAGUUAUGGGGUGGUACUUUGAAAGUGGGCCGCGUCAACUGCCCACUAGCUAUUGCAUAGAGACCUUUUAUUUGAAACAAUUUAGGAUAUGUUUGCGCAGUAAGUAAGCGAACUUGGUUUUCUUGUUACUUUUAAACGGGGAACAAUAACGGAAUGUUAGCGAAAUUAGAGCUGGUAACUGUAUCAGAACAGUUUACCACGUCCCCGCAUUACCUGAAACUAAAACUACAUUCAUCGGUGGGCUGUCAUAGAACGACAUGAGCACCUUUUCGUGUGUGUCUGUGUCUAUUCCUUGUGAGUCCAGGGACUUCCAUCCAUACAUGUGUUAAUAUACCGCCCCAGCAGGUGGAGUUGUCACAAAAAAAUCUCACAUUUACGAGGCAAGCUGGUGAUCGCUAGCCAGUCAUGAUCACAUUUCUUGAGCGAAUCAACCUCACAUCCACCGCGAAGAAAUAGCGCCAUAAAAGGUGAUCUACAUUUCGGGGUGGGGGAGCCGCCCCCUCGCUACGCCCCCCAGAGGUCGAGUUCUGGGGAAAUUUCCCGAGUGAUUUAUAGGUAGCCUUAAAGUAAUCGAUGAAAAAUUCUGCUCUACUAUAGCAAUCGAACUGCUCCAGGGGGCGCUGGGGACGCGGCAGUUUUAGCCCAUUUUUCCCCCGGGGGUGAUCCGGGAGUCUUCCCCCCUCUUCUGCGCACGCUCUAUAGGCGGUGCCGGCAUUUGUCUGAGCCCCCUUGCCGGCAUCAAACUAAGUGUUUUUAGCAGACGUACGCAUAUGUCAUUUUCGAAUUCAACUUUAACAAAAUUGUCGUAAAAAUUACGCGUUUUGGUUUAUUCGCGACAAAGAUUUUAAAGGACAUUCGUACAAGCGCAAUUUUCUGUCUUUAGGCUCAGUAUGGAGAAAAAUCCAUCAGCCACACUGCUAUAGUAUGUCAAAAAAUUCUCGCGAAAAUGGAAAUGGAAAUUUUCUACCUGACUGUGGUGCUCCUCAUCCUUAGGCUGCCUCCAUGGGUCUAGGGACUCGAUCUUUUUCGGGCUCGUAAAAUAUACUAAAAAAAUCAUUUAAAUUACUGAGUACCAGGCAAGAAAGUAACUGUACUAAACCUUGAAAAAGUUUCUUUCAAGAUAUGAAGUUCCACGAUCGAAAGUAACGGUACUCAGGCUCAGUAGACAAGCCUCCUCAAGGAACACAACGGUUGCCUAACCUCACAUUGCCGGUCGAGUGAGUGGUCGGUAAGCAAGCGACCGGCAAUCGAGAGAUGCGUGGUUAGAGUUUAUUUUAUUUUUAUUUCGUCAUACUACAGUCCUAUACAGGCCUGAGUGGGUGACAAGAUGAAAAAUAAAAGGUGUACCCAAUUACA